UUUCAUUUUGUCAAUAUCCUAUAAUCAGAUGUAUUAACAGUUAUUAAUUCGAUUUUUCCGUUUGUCAUCGAAUUUGUAGUUAUUUACAUUGUAUUGUCCACGUGAAAGACCAAUGAAGAGACUCGUGCAAACAUAACGAAAACAAUAAUGUAAAUAAUUCGUAUAAACCGGAAUACAUUAUUUUUCUUUCUUUUGUUUAUUUUUCUGUUAUUGCGUUCUGUCGAUUCCGAUCGUUUACUUUUCCUUCAUCGAAUGUAAUGUUUGCAGGACAAAUUCGCGUUACCGGUGAGCCCUGAUGAAGCCAGCGUUUCGACACGAAUAUGAGUAAAGAAAUUGCAGACAGCAGCCACCGUGAACCCGACAAGAACUCAAGAUCCUGUCACGUGUUGAGCGUCGCGUUGAGCGAAAUAAUCAGGCAUAGCAUAAACGUUGACUUUCGAGAUCGCGCCUUCGAAGUGUUGCGGACGGACAGCUCGUCCGGCGCGCAAAUAACACUCGCGGCUGAUUUAACGUCGAUCGUAUCGAGUCAACAGAAACGUUCGACUCGGAAGGAACGGGCGGGGACGACAGAAGACGAGGAUUGACACUUGAGAUGAUUAAUUGGAUUUCAACCGAUACUCCAUCGGCUAUUAAUUUAUCAAAGUUUUCUCAGAAUUUUUGUAUAUACUUUCAUAACUGCAAUAAUCUUGUAAUUUUUAUAUGAAUCAAAGUACUUUUGAAAUGUUGAGAAGAAAUCUACAUCUUUUAAAAUUAUACUUAUACAAUACAUGAAUUCUAAAAUCUUUUCUUAUUCUGUAAUUUCAAUCCCUAUGAAAAUUCUGAGAGGAAUUUUCACCAGAGAUGUGGCAGGUAUAAUCACGUUACAAAUAUGUAUGUUUAUCUAUAUAAAGCAUUUAUUAUAAAUCAAUUCGAAUCUAAUAAUAUUAUACAUAUAUUUAACAGACUAACUGGCUCGCAAGACAGAUUUGCAGAUACCGCGACGUUUUUUUAUAUCAGCGGACGGUAAUGAAUUUUCUCGGUUCAAGUUGCGAAAUCUCAACCCUUCACAGACGGCGCACCUGCGUCGAUCGACGCCCCGACCGGUAAGAGGGCGACCGCACGCGCGCGAUGACAGUGGCAUGUCUCUCUCGGUGCUCUCGUCUCUCCCUUCUUCCUCCAACAUCUCGUUAAAGUCAUCUGGAUCAGUCAACGGAUUAGGACGCGAUUCGGUCACGCGAACAAAAAUCAUACCGAUGUGUCACGCGGUCACGCGGUGACGGUGACUCGAUACGUCGCGAAGCGAUUCCCUGCGACCGAUCAUCGGCGCGGUGGCCGCCACCAGGUGAAACGCCAGAGCCGAGUAUCGUCAUCAAGCACGGCGGACACCCGGGUCCCCGAGUCUCGAUCCUCCCGCGGAACCGCCGACCCGUCGCGAAUGACAGAACAGGAGGAACGAGGGGACGAACCUAACCUCCAGGAAAAGCAGCGCAUCGCUCCGGUGCGCAAGAUCCGUCACCGAUCACUCGUCUGCGUUAUACGGAUUGCUCUCGAGGAAUCAUCGAUGGAUACCUUGCCAUGAAUGCAAGCGAGCGAAUUUACUCGUCGGGUUCGCGGCCCUCGGCCAGAAACGCGCGCUUCGGCCUUCGCCACGUAUUAGCGAUCGCACAUAGAUAAGGUAAAUGUCCCAGUGACCGAACAUGUCCCUACAUCCGGACGUUUAUUGUUGAGAGUGUGCUUUAAACCUAGAUUUUUUUUCAAGAAAUUUCUUUUUUUUUUUAGUCUUGAAAUUGUUGUGAAUUUUCAUAGAAUUUUAUUAGAAUUGAGGAAAAUUUUUUGGAAUUUUAAAUUUAAAUUCUAUUUCUUUUUCUGACAAGAUUACUUCUUUUAUUAUUUUUUAUUUUUUGAUAGAACAAAAUAUCGACAAUCGAUUGGCAGUAAAUAUGGCAAAACAUUCAUGUAUAUUCACACAUUCUUGCAUGACUUGCGAGUUUUUAUUACAAAAUCAUUGAUGAAAAAGACAGUAUAUUGAUUUAAAUUGACAUUAUGUAUUCAUAAGGUACGCUAUUUUAUAUAUAAAAAUUAAAUACAAUUAAAAAAAAUUUAUUACACAAAAUUAGAUUGAAGUUCAAAUUGUGAUAAUGUGCAAUGUGCUUGCAAUGUGAUGUGAAACACGUGUGUUUGUUAAAAUAAUUUCUGUGUUUGUUUCAUGAAUAAUAGGACAAAUAUUUUGAAUUAUCCUGCUAUCGGUCCAUUCAGAUACAGUUGAUUAUAUAAUGUGUUACUGGGGCAUUUACCUUAAAUGAAUGAACACCGGUGGUUUUGACUGUCGUGGAUUCGUCUUGCUCGUGUACACCAGGAAAAAAACGAUGAGGUGACACGAAGAACGAAUCGACUGGAGAGAUCUGAAGAGGCGGUCGCAGAGAAAGGGGACGCGGCGGUGAAAUCCGCCCGGUGUGAUCUCGACGAUCGUGAAGGGUUGAAGAUAACGAUGCGCUGCCCGAGAUUCGAUAUGAAUUGGAUGCGAUACGCGCGAAAGCUCCGCGCGUAUCGGGACGAACGCUCGACGUGAUUGUCGCAUGAUCAGCGACGUUACCGUGACGACCCUUGAACCCGAGCUUCAGUCGUGUUCGGCCCGUGCCGGACACAUAUGUACCCCGCCACCACUGCCGCCGCCUCCACCGCCGUCACCACUGCGGACAGUGAACAUUUGUCACUUGAUCCGCUCGGAAUCUCCGACGGCGAGUCAGUGCAGCGCGCGCGAUUCGGGGCGAAUUGUCGUCGUCGUCGUCGUCGUCAUCAUCGUCCUCCUCAGUCCCCUUUAGUCGCGACUCUUCGACGCGGUGGUGGCGCCGGUUCGCCUCGAUUUUACAUGACCUGCCGGUCGUAGGGGAAGAGGAAGUGCCAAGGUGGAGAACGUAAAUUGCGGGUAUGCUACGACGUCUUCUGGACUCCCUGUAACAUCGACGAACGCGCGGAGCGAACGUCUCCCGGUGAUUUGGCGGGAUCCAGCGAGGGGACUGUUAGUAUCUCGAGGUCCGGGAACCGCGCGUACGAGAUGUCCGAGGCGCCGGUGAGCUUCGUCGUCGGGGAGCCCGAACACGAGCACGAGUCCGAGCACGAGCCCGAUCCUGAUAGCCGCGAUCCUAGCGAGGUGCUGGAGAUCGAGGAUAUCUUCCCGAGCGAAAGCAGCGAUAAUGGCAAUCUGCAGACGCAGCUCAAUGCCACAGGACUGUUCGAGCGCCGUAAGCGGCUCAGGCCUAGCAUGUCGCAGGGCACGGUGAUGAUCCAGAUGCAAAGUCGGCUACAUGAGAAGGACUUUACCGUUGCAACUCCCGAAGAGUUUGUCCAUCGCUUCGGAGGCACCAGAGUUAUCAACAAGGUGCUGAUCGCCAAUAAUGGUAUCGCGGCAGUUAAAUGUAUGCGAUCGAUUCGACGCUGGUCAUACGAGAUGUUUAAAAACGAGAGAGCUGUGCGUUUCGUGGUGAUGGUCACGCCGGAAGAUUUAAAGGCGAACGCGGAAUACAUCAAAAUGGCAGACCAGUAUGUGCCUGUACCGGGCGGCACUAACAACAACAAUUACGCUAACGUGGAACUGAUCGUCGAUAUCGCGAUACGUACUCAAGUCCAAGCAGUUUGGGCUGGCUGGGGUCACGCCUCGGAAAAUCCUAAACUUCCGGAAUUACUUCACAAAAAUAACAUCUGUUUCAUUGGACCGUCCGAGAAAGCUAUGUGGGCUUUGGGUGACAAGAUCGCAUCCAGUAUAGUUGCUCAAACCGCGGAUGUACCGACGCUUCCUUGGUCAGGCUCGGAACUAACAGCACAAUACAGCGGAAAGAAGAUCAAAAUAUCGUCGGAACUUUUCAAAAAAGGAUGCGUCGCCACUGUGGAAGAGUGUUUAGCAGCGGCUAACAAGAUCGGUUUUCCGGUUAUGGUGAAGGCGAGUGAAGGCGGUGGCGGUAAAGGAAUCAGGAAAGUUGAAAACGCCGAGGAAUUACCCGCUUUGUUUAGACAAGUGCAGAUUGAAAUACCCGGCUCACCGAUAUUUAUUAUGAAACUGGCCAAAUGCGCUCGGCACUUGGAAGUGCAAUUACUAGCUGAUAAUUACGGUAAUGCAAUAUCAUUGUUCGGGCGUGAUUGUUCUAUUCAGAGGAGACAUCAAAAAAUUAUCGAGGAGGCACCUGCUGUGAUCGCUAGGCCGGAGGUUUUCGAAGAGAUGGAAAAAGCUGCUGUGAGAUUAGCAAAAAUGGUAGGAUACGUUAGCGCGGGUACCGUUGAAUAUCUGUACGACACAGCGGGCAGGUAUUAUUUCUUGGAAUUGAAUCCUCGUCUUCAAGUGGAACAUCCUUGUACCGAGAUGGUAUCGGAUGUGAAUCUACCGGCCGCCCAACUACAAAUAGCAAUGGGCUUACAAUUACAUCAUAUCAAAGAUAUACGUCUUUUGUACGGUGAGAGUCCUUGGGGCGACAGCCCGAUCGAUUUCGAUCAACCUCGUCAUAAGCCUCAACCAUGGGGUCACGUUAUCGCGGCUAGAAUUACCAGUGAAAAUCCUGACGAAGGUUUCAAGCCGAGUUCCGGCACAGUGCAGGAGUUGAAUUUCCGAUCAUCUAAGAACGUAUGGGGCUACUUCUCAGUCGGAGCAUCGGGAGGACUCCACGAGUUCGCGGAUUCUCAAUUUGGUCAUUGUUUUUCGUGGGGCGAAGAUCGCAAUCAAGCUAGAGAGAAUUUAGUCGUGGCCUUAAAAGAAUUGAGUAUCAGAGGCGAUUUUAGGACAACGGUCGAAUAUCUUAUCACUUUGCUGGAGACCGAAUCCUUCCAACAGAAUAAUAUAGAUACCGCAUGGCUCGAUUUGUUGAUCGCCGAACGUGUCCGAAGCGACAAACCGGACGUCUUGUUGGCCGUCACCUGCGGAGCGCUUCAUAUCGCCGAUAGAACAAUCACAGCCGCUUUUACUGGUUUUCAAACUGCCUUGGAGAAAGGUCAGAUACAGGCCGGUAACGAUUUGGAUAAUGUUGUCGACGUUGAACUUAUUAAUGACGGAUACAAAUAUAAAGUGCAAGCUGCCAAAUCUGGCCCCAAUACCUAUUUCCUCGUGAUGAAUGGUUCUCAUAAAGAAAUCGAGGUCCAUCGCAUGUCGGACGGAGGACUGCUGCUUUCGUUGGACGGUGCCAGCUUUACAACUUAUAUGCGUGAAGAAGUAGAUCGUUACAGGAUUAUUAUCGGAAACCAGACGUGCAUUUUCGAGAAAGACAACGAUCCAUCCUUACUGAGAUCACCGUCGGCCGGUAAAUUAAUUAACUUUUUAGUCGAGGAUGGCGGUCAUGUUGGCUGUGGUCAGGCGUACGCCGAAAUCGAAGUGAUGAAGAUGGUCAUGACCGUCACCGCUAGCGAGGCAGGAAGCGUUUUUUAUGUAAAGAGACCUGGUGCUAUAUUAGAAGCCGGUACACUGAUCGCUCAUCUCGAAUUAGAUGAUCCGUCAUUGGUGACGAAAGCGCAAGAAUACACAGGACAAUUUCCCGCAGCAGCGGCGUCAGCUAUACCAGAAAAACUGAAUCAUCUUCAUGCCAAGUAUCGAAAUGCUUUGGAAAAUACAUUAGCUGGCUACUGUUUACCUGAUCCAUUUCAUUUGCCGCGUCUACGCGAGCUAAUCGAAAAGUUCAUGUUUUCGUUACGCGAUCCUAACUUACCGUUGUUGGAACUACAAGAGGUGAUCGCGACGAUAUCCGGUAGGAUUCCCGUCUCGGUGGAGAAAAAGAUUCGCAAAUUGAUGUCUCUGUACGAACGAAAUAUCACGUCGAUCCUAGCUCAAUUUCCCAGUCAGCAGAUCGCCGCUGUAAUCGACGGUCACGCAGCAACCUUAUCCAAGAGGGCCGAUCGAGACGUAUUCUUCCUAACCACUCAAGCCAUCGUGCAAUUGGUACAGAGAUACCGGAACGGUAUACGUGGCAGAAUGAAGACCGCCGUGCACGAGCUUCUCCGGCAAUAUUACAUGGUUGAGAGUCAAUUCCAACAGGGCCACUACGAUAAAUGCGUCUCCGCGUUGAUAGAAAAAUACAAGGACGAUGUAACUACUGUGACCGGCAUGAUCUUCAGUCACAAUCAAGUGACAAAGAAAAACGUCCUAAUUACUAUGUUGAUUGACCAUCUGUGGGCCAACGAACCCGGCCUUACGGAUGAACUUUCGAACACACUGACAGAAUUAACCAGUUUGAAUCGCACGGAGCACAGCCGCGUCGCGUUGAGAGCCAGACAGGUGUUGAUUGCUGCUCAUCAACCUGCGUAUGAGCUCAGGCACAACCAAAUGGAAUCGAUAUUCCUUUCUGCCGUGGAUAUGUACGGACACGACUUCCAUCCGGAAAAUCUGCAGAAGCUCAUUCUCUCCGAAACAUCUAUCUUCGAUAUACUUCACGAUUUCUUUUAUCAUUCCAAUCGCGCGGUGUGCAAUGCGGCCUUGGAGGUCUACGUGCGACGAGCUUACAUCAGUUAUGAGCUGACGUGUUUGCAACACCUGGAGUUGUCCGGCGAAAUCCCGUUGGUGUAUUUCCAAUUCGUUUUACCUAGCAAUCAUCCGAAUCGUCAGAAUCAGUCUCUAGUGGAUCACAGGGCCGGUGCGAUGGCGGCCUUCGAGGAUCUCAAUCAGUUCAGCCAGUACACGGAUGAAAUUUUGGACUUGCUCGAGGAUCAAUCAAGCCCUACGCCGAUAGUAUCCGCGAAACUGCUGGAAGCCGUGGAAUCCGGUGGUAGCGAAUCGCGGCACAGCACGUCGAUCAACGUCUCUUUGAGCAUGAUUGAAACGACGACCGCGGCAACGGCGGCGACUGCCAACGACAAAUUCGCCGAGCCGGUUCACAUCCUUAGUAUUGCAGUCAAGGAGAACGGCAGCGAGGACGACGCCACCUUGGCUAGAAUGUUCGGGGAUUGGUGCGCAAACAACAAGGACGAACUGAUAUCCCGUGGCAUCCGCAGAGUAACGUUCGCGGCCCUCAAGAAGAGGCAAUUUCCUAAGUUCUUUACCUUCCGUCAGCGAGAGGGCUUCGUCGAAGACAGAAUCUAUCGGCAUCUCGAGCCCGGCUGUGCCUUCCAAUUGGAAUUGAAUCGCAUGCGAACGUACGAUCUCGAGGCCCUUCCAACGUCUAAUCAGAAGAUGCAUCUGUACCUCGGACAGGCCAAGGUUGCCAAAGGCCAGCAAGUUACCGAUUAUCGCUUCUUUAUCCGCUCGAUUAUACGACACUCGGAUCUCAUCACGAAGGAGGCCAGUUUUGAUUAUCUUCAUAACGAGGGCGAACGUGUUCUGCUCGAGGCCAUGGACGAGCUGGAAGUCGCGUUCUCGCAUCCUCUUGCUAAACGUACCGAAUGCAAUCAUAUUUUCUUGAACUUUAUACCUACGGUCAUCAUGGAUCCCAGUAGAAUAGAGGAAAGCGUGACGAGCAUGGUGCUGCGAUACGGUCCGAGAUUAUGGAAGUUGCACGUCCGACAGGCGGAGAUAAAAAUGACAAUACGACCCGCGCCGGGGAAACCGACUUCCAACGUGCGUCUCUGUAUCGCCAACGACAGCGGAUACAGCAUCGACUUACAUCUCUAUACGGAGGCCACCGAUCCCAAGACUGGUAUCAUUCGCUUCGAGUCUUAUCCACCUACCGCGACAAGCGCGACCAAUUGGAGACCGGGUCCUAUGCACGGAUUGCCGAUUUCCACGCCGUAUUUAACCAAAGAUUACCUUCAAGCGAAAAGAUUCCAGGCACAGAGCGCUGGUACGACUUACGUCUACGAUUUGCCGGAUAUGUUCCGGCAACAGCUCGAAAAAAUAUGGCAGAAGUACGUCGAGGAAAGACCGCCGAGUGAGGGUCAAAGUCCAAUCGCGAUUCCUAAUCCGGUGAUGGACGUGGUGGAAUUGGUGUUGGAAGGAGAACAGCUGGUCGAGCAGAAGCGGCUGCCAGGCGAGAACGACGUCGGCAUGGUCGCGUGGCGAUUAACCUUGUAUACCCCGGAAUAUCCAUUCGGCAGAGACAUUAUACUCAUUGCUAAUGAUUUAACGUACUUGAUAGGCUCGUUCGGGACACGCGAGGAUCUCGUGUUUUGCAGAGCUUCCGAGAGAGCGAGACAACUCAAGGUUCCGCGCAUAUACUUUGCCGCCAAUUCCGGAGCGCGUAUCGGCCUGGCCGAGGAGGUGAAGGCUCUCUUUAGGAUCUCGUGGGAAGACGAGGAUGAGCCGGAGAAGGGCUUCAAAUAUAUAUAUCUUACGCCGGACGAUUACGCGCGCUUGGCUCCCCUCAACUCGGUGAAGGCCUCAUUAAUCGAGGAUCCCGCGGGGGAGUCGCGUUACAAAAUUACGGACAUUAUUGGCAAGGACGACGAUUUGGGGGUGGAGAAUUUAAAGUACGCCGGUCUAAUCGCGGGGGAAACGUCGAGAGCCUACGACGAGUUGAUUACGAUCUCUAUAGCGUCUUGCCGCGCAAUCGGCAUCGGGACCUAUUUGCUACGUCUUGGCCAAAGGGUGAUCCAGAUUGAAAAUUCACAUCUCAUUUUGACCGGUUAUAGAGCGUUAAACGCGGUGCUAGGUCGUGAGGUUUACGCCAGCAACAAUCAGCUGGGUGGUACGCAGAUUAUGCACAAUAACGGAGUAUCUCAUGCGACCGACGCUCGCGAUUUAGACGGAGUGGCGACCGCGUUAAAAUGGCUAAGUUACUUCCCUAAAAAUAAAGGAGCCCCGUUACCAAUACUGUCACCUAUCAUAGAUCCGAUCGACCGGGAGAUCGGUUACGUGCCGACGAAGGCGGCUUAUGACCCGAGAUGGAUGCUGGAAGGUAGAACUUGUCCCGAAUCGAACGUCUGGGAGAGCGGCUUCUUCGAUCGAGGCUCGUGGCACGAAAUAAUGAGGCCAUGGGCGCAAACGGUGGUGACAGGACGAGCUAGGCUUGGUGGUAUACCAUGCGGUGUUAUCGCUGUUGAAACGAGAACUGUCGAGCUGCAUCUACCGGCUGACCCUGCCAAUUUGGAUUCGGAAGCUAAGACGAUAUCUCAAGCGGGACAAGUUUGGUUUCCGGACAGCGCGUACAAGACUGCGCAAGCUAUUCAAGAUUUCGGAAGGGAAGAACUGCCGUUAUUCAUCUUUGCUAAUUGGCGAGGCUUCUCCGGUGGCAUGAAAGACAUGUACGAGCAGAUCGUCAAGUUCGGCGCAUACAUCGUGGACGGAUUGCGACAAUAUUGCAGGCCGGUUAUAGUUUAUAUUCCACCGAACGGAGAACUUAGGGGUGGCGCUUGGGCAGUCGUUGAUCCUACGAUAAAUCCUCGUUUUAUGGAGAUGUUUGCUGAAAAUACCAGUAGGGGUGGCGUUUUAGAGCCCGGUGGUAUUAUAGAAAUCAAAUUUCGUAACAAGGACAUUGUGAAGACUAUGCACAGAAACGAUUACGUUAUACUGAAGUUAAAAGAAAAAUUGUCGACCGUAAACACGACGGAGGAACGAACCGAAAUCGAAGCACAGAUUCGCAAACGCGAGCAGAUUUUAGAACCAAUGUAUCGUCAGGUUGCCAUUCAUUUCGCCGAUUUGCACGACACGCCGGAGAGAAUGUUUGAAAAAAAUACGAUUCACGAGAUAAUACCAUGGAAAAAGGCGCGGCGGCUGUUUUACUGGCGGUUGCGAAGACGGCUCUUCGAGGAGGAAAUCAAAACUGAGAUCCUGUCGACACAGCCUAGUCUGGACGUCAGACAAGUGGAAGCGAUGCUUCGACGCUGGUUCAUCGAAGACAAGGGAGCAACGGAGUCAUACUUGUGGGAUCAAGACGAGGCUGCGGCCUGCUGGCUGGAGGCGCAACGUAAAACCGACGAUAGUGUUGUAUCGCGUAAUAUAACGUGCGUGAAGAGAGAUGCGAUGGUAACGCGUAUCAAGGAAGCUCUGGAAAUCUGUCCGGAAAUAAGAUUGGACGCGGUGCUGGAGAUUGCGCACAGAUUGCAGUCGUCCGAGCGAGCGGAGUUGCAAAGAACUUUAACACAAUUAGAGACAACGGGACAGGAACACCACAAGGACUCGAGCGUGUCGUCCUAA